CCUGUAGUACCAUUGCUCCCUGACUUGUGUACACACUGUGACUUACAAGAUCAUUGCCCUAAUUUACGAAAGCGGGAAAAUUGAAUCACUCUCCUUCGCUAGAUAUUUCAACAACUGUUUGGGCAUCGUUUGUAAAUAUGUAGAUUGCCUAUAUUCAUUAAUGUUCCUUCGAUGCUUGACAUUAAUGCAACGUUAUGUAAUUUCUCAGUGACACUCAUGCUUCGAAUAUACUGUCACGCAUGAAAGAUAAGAUAAGAAUUGACAGGUCUUGGAUACCACGGUACCUAAUGCGUUAUUACAAAAUUUGUGCUUCUUACGUUUGUUUUAGAAGUGGCGUCUACAAGAAUGGCCGACUUUAUUAAAGGAGUUCAAUUUUACUUUCUCAUGUUGCUCAUCCCAAGAGCUUAUUUUACAGUGCUCGAUGGUUACUGUCCGUAUUAUUGUCAGUGUUACGUGUGGGAGAAUAUGAAAGCAGCGAACUGUGUGAACCAAAAUAUAAUUACGGUUGAUAUUAGCAUACCCCGUCAAACAGAAGCAUUAGAUGUAUCAAACAACUUUAUAAGAAGAAUAGAGGAUAACGUUUUCAAGAAUCAAGGAAUAACUUCCCUAAAGUACCUUAAUGUGAGUGGCAAUCACAUUAAGUAUAUUGAAAUGAAUGCCUUCAGUGGACUAAACAAACUACAAAUUCUAGAUCUAUCAAAGAACCAUUUGCACUACCUGUUUGUCAAAACAUUUGACGUGCUUGACAGUUUGAGAGCUCUCUAUAUGUCUGGAAACAAAUUCAGUAAAUGGACGUGGGAGCUGAAUUUGAAUUCACUUAAGGUUCUUGACUUGAGUUAUUGUGACAUAGAGAGCAUUGCAGUGAAUGCUCUUUCUAAUAUGGAAAAUCUCCAGAUUUUAAGUUUGAAGGAUAAUCAGCUCUCUGUUCUGAAUGAGAAUGUAUUCCACCAGCUACAUAAUUUGGAAUUAGUUGACAUUUCAGGAAAUCCGCUGAGAUGUAAUGAAGAGACAAAUAGUCUUCAACAGUGGUUUACAAUGCAAAUGAUAAAGCAUACAGCAGUUUGCAGAAGUGAUGAGAAGCAAAAGAUACUUCACACUAAAGAUAAAUUUCAGAAAAUUGUGUCAGCUGUGGAAGACACCACUGAUGAUGGAUUCGAAGACCUUAGGAACUUUUGGGCUAUUGAACAUAAUGAGGGUGUUGUUGAUUCUAAUAAAAUUUGUGAAUGUGAAAAUUCCACCACAAAGAAAAGCAAUUAUUUUCUCAAUAUUCAGGUCUUUGAGGAAAUACCAUCAUUUUGGGCCUUCCUUAUUGGUUUACAAAUUGGAAUUGUAAUUUCAAUAACGGUAAUACUUCUGAGAAAAAUUAAAUGUUGCCAGUGUAGGUUAAUGCAGAGCAGUAUCACAUCCCAACACCGAUUAUCACAGACUUCAGCACUUGAACCUAUGCAGGAAGAGUCAACCUGCUUGUGGGAUAAUAGUGGAUUGGAAACUCCCCCACCUCCAUACCGGGAUGUUGUUUUUCAUAAUGUUGCUGAUAGAGCCACUUGCAAUAAUGGUAGUACAUGAAAGAUGGCCUACAGGUAACAGUACAAAAUGAAAAUUUCAGCUACAGCAUACAUGCAGUAGGGUGUAAAUAUUACUGCUCCAUAAGUUAAUAGGUUGAAACAAGAAAGUUGUUUGUCACCAUCAUUAAUAAGAAGUUUUUCUUAAUGAGAAGAACUGCUUGUUGGAACAUUCUCAUUUCAUGUCCAGAUAUUACUCAAAGCUCUAUCAUAACAUUACCAUUCAGUUGGUGAACUGACACAAAAAGUCAGGGAAACUCAACAAAGACAGAAACUGCAAUAAAAGUAACCUGCUGAGAUACAGUGUAGCAUCUCAUGGGGUUAUGCUGUUGUUUAAUCUGUAGAUCAUCUACAGUCCGCUCUGUGAAUUUCAGUCAUUCAGAAAAGUGUAUAGGGGAGAUAUUACUUUCGCAUUUUCUUAUGUUGUACCAUUAUUUUUCUCUUUUACUCACAAUUUUGUUCCUAUGGUAAGCCUUUGGAAGAAGUCCCUGUGUCACAAAAAGUCAUCUCCUGGACUUGUUGAUAAUUUCAAAAUUAUAAAAGCUAGCAAGAAUCACAUAUGGUUUAAGACUGAAGGGAUCAACUUUGUCUAUGAUAUAGGUGUUUACUGUAUACUGUUAGCUCAGAAAUGGGCAAAUAAUAAAGUUGCAAUCACAAAUUUGGAUCACCUACAUAACCAUAUACAAUGCUUAAUGGAUAGCAUAGUUUAAUAUGAAAGCAUCUGAAGAAAUGUCUCUUAUGAGCAACUAACUACUAUUCUAUAAAAGAAUUUUUAUUCAAACAUCUUAUUUAUAUAAUGAAAAAUAAUUAAAUACUUAACACAAAAAACUGAUUUUAUAACUAAAUUUAUGUGAGCUCGACUGUAAAUAACUAGCAGUUUGCUACUGUUGACUAAAAUUUAUUUUACUGCUUGAUACAUUCCGCAUCACUGCAAUACACAGUGCUGGUGAAACAUAGAAUGCAUAAUUAACUUGUUACUGUUUGUCAACCUCUCGUUGAUUGCCCGCAUCUCGUGGUCGUGCGGUAGCGUUCUCGCUACCCACGCUCGGGUUCGAUUCCCGGCGGGAUCAGGGAUUUUCUCUGCCUCGUGAUGGCUGGGUGUUGUGUGAUGUCCUUAGGUUAGCUAGGUUUAAGUAGUUCUAAGUUCUAGGGGACUAAUGACCAUCGAUGUUUAGUCCCGUAGUGCUCAGAGCCAUUCUCGUUGAUCACUAAUAGAAUGGUAUGCACAAAGAAGAUAAGUAUUCUGUUUGGUAGACAAAGAGGUUACUGUGCUAUAGGGCUUAGUGUAGCUGACAUUGGCAUUUCCCAAACUCCAAAUACUGGUCACACAGUCUGCCAGCUUCUAUGGAUUCAGUGCUUGGCUGCCUACUGAACAAGAAAGUUGGACAAAACGGUAACUAAUUGCAUCCUUUGUAAAUCACUUGGUCUUCUCAGACUAGGAAAGUAAUCCAUUCAGACAAAAAGAAUAUUACAGCCUGAUAAUUUAUAGGCACUGGACACAGUUAUUGCUAUUGCCUAACCAACAGCAACUUGACAUAUACGCAAAAGGAGAGCACAUGCUCCACCUUUCCACCCAUUUUAAUUUUGUCACCUCACUCAGAUCAUCAUUUUGUUUUAUUUUUAUUUACUCCAUCAGAACGGUUACAUCAUUUCACUCUAAUUUAUUUCUAUGUAUAAAUUAUCAAUCAGAUUUACUACCUUCUUUCAUACAAUACUUUAUUAGCCCGAUUAGAGUUUGAAGCUCAUCUGCUACUGCGUAUUACUUCCUCCUCCUGGUUUCCUCCUUAUGCAGCAGCAUCUGUAACUUUUCCAUUUAAUGUGUCAACAUUUAACUCUCUAGCUCCUCAAUAAGAUGCUCCCUAUUUAAUAUAAUACUUCUGAAGAAUAUUACAAUUUUUAGUUGGUUGGUUGAUUUGAUGGAGGGGACCAAACAGCAAGGUAAUCGGUCCCAUAGGCUUAGGGAAAGAUGGGGAAGGAAGAUGGCUAUGCUCUCUCAAAGAAACCAUCCCAACAUUUGCCUGAAGCAAUUUAGGGAAAUCAUGGGAAACCUAAAUUAGGAUGGCCAGACAAAGGUUUGAACAUUGUCCUCCCGAAUGUGAGUCCAGUGUGCUAACCACUGUGCCAUCUCGCACUUUUAUGUCUCAAAUGUCUAUGAAAUGGCAUCUGUCAGAUAGUUAUUUGCUUGUAAAUGGAUUCAACCUUGGUAAAAUUCGUUUGUGGAAUUGCAUAGAGUUUCUCAGCCUGCAUUAGUGUCUUUGUGUACUGCCAAACUUUGAAGAAUCAUCUUUUAGCCUCCACUGUUAUCCUCUCUGUAUUGCAGAAAUCAAGGAAAAAAGCAGUUAAACAUUACAGAUUUUGAAAUCAGGCUAGUUUAUUCUUGAUUCAAAAAGCUUAGGGACAUAUUACUUCAACUGGGCACUGGAUACUGAAAAGACAUACAAACAUCACCAACACACACAUGCUGUUAGUUGUUAGUAAGCAUUAAAUGUAAGACUGGUGAGGUUUUGAUAUAUGUACUUACUCUCAUUCUGUCACACUUCAAAUUGACUCCCAAGAACAUCAUUACAUAUUGAUGUAAUAUUUAAUUAGUUUCCCAUGUUAUUUUUUGUAAAAAGAAUAUGAUAAUUAUCAUUUUGUUAUCAAAGAAAGGCAUUAUAUGACUUGAGUACAUAAUAUGUAAUAAAAUAUUUUAGUCUGUAAUUCAUAAAUUAUUAUCUGUAUUGAGUAAGAUCUUUCUCUUGUUAGUACCUGGGAAAUAAAGCCAUUAAUGACUAUCAGCUUCCAUCUCCAAAGUCUUGUUUAGUUGGUACUAAAUAAGAAACAAGUAAGAAGCUGCAGUAUGAUAAUGUAAUGAAGAGGAAGGCAGUCAGCAUUUUACUCAAGGGACACAAUAUUUCCAACACCUUGCAGCUCUAAAGUCUAUUUUAAUCAGUGCUAAAGAAGAAACACAUAAAAAGAAGGUGCAGUAUGAUUACAUAUGGAAGAGGAAGGUAGUCAGCAUCUUACUCAGGGAUGCAAUAGUUAACUGAUGGAACACUUGUUUUUCCUUUAUUUUCUGUAGCUUGUAUACUUUUUAUUGGUAAUUAAAACUGUGACUUUAUUCCUGUCCUGAACCUCACUCACUACAUAUUUACACAUUAUGAAUUCAAAUGCAUUUCUGACCAUUGAAGGAGGAAAGACAAGUUUUUAACCUCCCUUCAGUGAAAAGGUUUAGGCAAAGUAAUAAGUAAGGAGAAGGUCACAGAACAUAUGCUGUCCAUGGGUGUUUGUUUUUGUAUGUUCAGACAUUAAAUGGGAAGUGUGAAAUAAGAGAAAGCAACCAGGUAUGACAACAUGUAAGCGGCUUCACUUGCUGUGGGCGGGGCCUUUUAUGUAGCUUGACUUUCGAGGAACAAUCACGUG